CUGCGAUGAAUAAACGUAAUUUAGUGGUUGAGCCAUUUUAUGUUAUGUGCUUUUCAAAACAAAAAUGGAACACGUUAAUAAAACCGAAAACAAUAAAGACACUUUUAUAAAAGGUCUUUCUUGUACGUUUGAACUGCUUGCAAAAAGCGCUGGAAUUUCAUCUAAGGAUCCUCAGAUUGCUCGUAUUCUGGAUGACAAGGAUCCAUUAAAAGGAUUCCGGCAGCGGUUUUUCUAUCCGAAAAAGUCAACUUUACCUGAAGUGGACGGGGCCACCUGUAACCAAGAAGAUGAUGCCGUUUAUCUCUGCGGGAAUUCUCUGGGUUUGAUGCCCAUUUCAACGCCGGUGUACGUGCAGCGCGAGCUGGAAAAAUGGGCAAAAACUGGAGUGCACGGGCAUUUUAACGGACAUCUUCCGUGGGCACACUGCGAUGAAUACGUGGUGGAUUCGUCAGCGCGUCUAGUUGGCGCACUGCCGGAAGAAGUGUGUCUUCAGAGUGGCUUAUCGGUUAAUCUCCAUCUCUUGUUGACGGCAUUCUACCGUCCGACCAAGGAACGACACAAAAUCCUAAUGGAACACAGAGCUUUCCCGUCGGAUCAUUACAUAGUGGCAUCUCAAAUUAAGCUACAUGGAUACGAUCCUGAGAGUGCGAUAAUCACGGUCACGCCUCGAGAAGGAAAGGAGUGCUUGGAGAAAGACGAUAUUUUACAAACGAUUGUGAAACGGGGACAAGAAAUUGCUGUGAUAUUAUUCAGCGGUGUGCAGUAUUAUACUGCGCAAUUAUUUGACAUGGAAAGCAUUACAACCGCUGGACACGACCAGGGAUGUAUAGUUGGUUUCGACCUUGCGCAUACCAUUGGAAAUACCCAUUUGCAUCUUCAUGAUUGGAAUGUGGAUUUUGCCGCCUGGUGCUCCUACAAAUAUCUUAACUCCGGUGCGGGAGGGAUAGGCGGACUGUUCCUUCAUAAAAAAUGGCAUGCUGACGAAAUGAAGAAGCAAGGUUUAUCCCCACUGCCACGCUUCGAGGGAUGGUGGAGCCACAAACACGAAACCAGGUUCAGGAUGAACAACGAAAGUGACCUUCUUCCUGGAGCGUAUGGGUUUCGUAUAAAUAACCCACCACCGUUGUUAGUGGCACCAUUGUUGGCCAGCCUUGAGAUCUUCGACGAAGCUGGUAUGGACAGAAUCGUGGAGAAGCAACGACUGCUGACUGGCUACUUGGAGCACCUGCUCAAUGCUACUGUUUGCGGGAAUCGUAACGGUUCACCUCCUUUGGUAACAAUCUUCACUCCAGAUGAUCCAAAGGAGCGCGGCUCCCAGUUAUCUUUGACAUUUCGGACACCGGUCAGAAAAAUUAACCAUGAACUCGAGCGGCGAGGGGUUGUGUGCGAUGUCCGCGAACCGUGCGUACUGAGAGUGGCGCCAGCGCCUUUAUACAAUUCCUUCACCGAUGUUCACCGUUUCACUGCGAUUUUACAAGAGGUUUUGACGGCUCUGGAAGACUCGCCUUCGUAACUACGAUUCCGCUGCCAAAAUGGUCACUUGCACUCGGAACGUACCCAACUUCUGGGUUACGUUGUGUUUUUCUUUAAAUACAGAUUAUACAAUGUAUAUUUCAUGUACAUAAAUUAGAACACGAAGACAAAUGUGCCAUUUCAAACAGGAAAACUUGAAAUAAAAACAAAA